CUUAUCCUCUUCCCCUUACCACUUCUCCCCCCACUGGGAAUAUGGAAUAAAACUGUUUUGGAGGUACAGAAGGUAGGAGUUCUGACUUCUGUAAUUGCUUCUGCACUGGACAUGGGCGUUGGCAAGUUGAUCCAUACUCUCAGCCCCCCUCAGAUUUCACUUCAGCAAUCCUGUUGGCUUUCUCUGCAAAUCAUAUCUGUAACCUGAGAAUUUACUGCCUCCACUCUUACCACCUGGCACUGUAAUUGUCUCUGGAGAGUGGUGAGCCAAAGGAGACUUCAGGCAGCAGGUAGCUGUGAUCAUGGCCUCUGAACUGGACUUCUCACCUCCUGAGGUGCCUGAGCCCACUUUCCUGGAGAACCUGCUACGGUACGGACUCUUCCUGGGGGCCAUCUUCCAGCUCAUCUGUGUGCUGGCCAUCAUUGUACCGCUUCCCAAGUCCUACGAGACGGAAGGAGACCCCUCUGAGCCCAGAAGUGCUGAGGUGACAAGGAAGCCCAAGGCUACUGCCCCCUCUUCGAACAAGAGGCCCAAGAAGGAGACCAAGAAGAAGCGGUAGAAGAGGAAGCCUGCAAGGCCAGGUGGGCCUGGCGAGGGCCUUGGGGGGCAGCGCUCCUGGCACUCAGCAGCCUGUUCUCUUCCUCUGUCCACCAAGGUCUGGACAGUCUGGCCGCAGCUGGAGCUGACCUUUUCCUCCCUCCUCCUGCUGCCUCCAUGGCAGUUUAAAGGGGGUGAAACACCCUGUGAGCAGAGACUGUCUUAGGUUUUUUCAGCAGUCAGAUCAGCUCACAGAGUCCUGACUGAAUCAUUGUGUCCAGCCUUUAGUCACCCACCUUGUAGAUUCACGCUACAUGUCAGAAUCAUUAUCCAGUACCGACAGACACUGCUCUCUCCAACUAUGUGCAUCGCUGAACCCCAGCUAGCCAGGCAUCUUUGUCUCUGUGCAGAUGGAGCCAGACCAGGCCUUCCCUAGUCAUUGAGCUUAAAAUGCCCUGGCCAAAGCCACAGUAGAAGUCCCACUAGUGCAGUAGCCAAGUCCGAAAAAUGCCUCGCCUGAGAACCAGCCAAAAACCUGGUUCCCCUCUGGCAUAUGGAAGGGGUUUGACUGAAUGAGCUCAUACUUCUUGGGCCCAAACUUCCUGAGCCUUCCAAAUAAGAUGCUAGUCAAUCUGAGAACAGCCUCCUGUCAACCACAUUAUAUUCAAGGUGUGUCUUUUACCUUCAUCUGUACCCCCCUCCAACUCCCACGCUUUCACUCCUUGACCAGUGAGAAAAGUUAUUUGGUAUCUGGAGAAAUAAAUGUCAAUAAAUGACCUGCAUGCCGA